AUGACAUUCAGUAGACUCGUUGAGUAUUUCGUCAAGAGACGUGAAGAGAUUGAAAAAGAUGUCUCACAAGGCUGGAUAAUUUCAAAGAAGGCUGAGGCAGCUUUGCAAAAAAAUGAUGAAUUGGCCGGCACUUAUCGUGUGAGGAUUUUUGAUAGUCAGUUGUUAUUGUUUGAGGUUGAGGAUGCCUAUAAUCAAUCUACACACGAGGUCAGUGACACCAUGAGAGUGGACUUAAUCAAUCAUAAAUGUCAGUGUGGUAGGUUCACGGAAAUGAGGUAUCCCUGCAGCCACGUAUUAGCAGUUUGCAAGGCAGCUCGUUUGAACCAUUAUGAUUAUGUGGAUCCUGUUUUCAAAAUUCAAACCAUUACUAAAGUAUAUGCUGCACACUGGUAUCCUAUUGGCAAUGAAAUGUUGAUUCCAUCGGUUGUUGGGCCUACUGUAAUUCCGGAUGUAAGUGAGAGGACAUCCACUGUAUUGUUGUGUAAUGUAAUGGUUAUGGUAGACAUUACCCUUUGCUUCAUUUAA